AUGGCCGCUGCAGGGCCGCCGCCGCCGCCGGCCAAACUUCGCCCGCCCCCGGCCCCGCCGCUCCGCCACCGCCGCCCCCGGGGAGGCGCGGGCCGAGGCGGGGCGGGCGCCGCCGGCCGCCCUCCUCCGGCACCCGGCGCCCCCGCAGCGGCCCCCGGCGAAACUUCGUCCGGAGAGGAGGAGCGGAGCCGGGACAGGACCUGGGCCGAGGGCGGUUUUGCCUUCUCUUCUUCCUCCUCCUCCAGCAGGCGGGGGGCGAGCCGCCGUCAGGGGCUGCUGCUCCUUUUCCUCCUCCGUCUGGCUCCCCGCUCGCCUCCUUUCCGCCCCCCCGGGCGGCGAAACAACUUCUCCUCCUCCUCCUGUCGCCUGCCCGCGGGAGGGGACCGCCGGGAGCAGGAGCCGCGGGGAGCGCCGCCGCUUCCCGGCACCCCGCACCCCCGCGGGGCAGUCGGGAUAACUUCUCUCCGCCGCUCGCCGCAGCCACACGGCCGGGAGGGGGUGCGGGGAGACGGGCUCAGCUCCAGGCGCCUCCUUUCAUCGCCGGGCGCACGCAGCCAUAUUGGCUACACAAAGCUGCCGCCUGCGCCGAGACGGGGCUGCGGCAUCGCAUCGCCCGCCCCGCGCCGCCCGCCCGCCGCAGCGGCCGCCGCUCCCCCGGCCCGCUCCGGCCCGGCCCGGCCGCCGCCCGCCCCCGGCCGUCAGUCAGGGGCGCCCCCGGCCCCCGUGCGGCGCCGAGCGGGGCGGGCCGGGGAGGGACCCGCGGCGCGGCCUGCCCGAGGUUCCGCCGCUCCUCCCUCCGGGGCUCCGCCGGGCCAGGACGGGGUGCCCGGGCCGGGUGUCUCGGCGGCGAGACAAAGGCGGCGCUGCCGCGCUGCUGACGGGCCGGGCCGGGGCCGGGCGGGCCGUGCCGCUGCCCACUCCCAAGGCGGGAGCGGCCGCCUGUUGAGGCUGCCGGAGUCGGCACCGGGCGGCAGCUCCAGGCGGCAAGGUUUAUUUCGUCCUAAACCGGGAAAAGCUAAACGUCAAAAUGUGACAGACUGCUUACGGGCUUUGUCCAUUAGAAUUUGCAAAAACAAAAGUUUGCAAAGGAGAUCUAAACACUAG